AUGGAGUUUGUCGCUGAGUAUACCAAGCAAAGUGCAUGCGAAUUCUGUGACGUAACGCCCAUUCACGGUUGUAAGCAAUUUCUCGGUAGCAACAAGCUACUGAUAGAAAGAGUGUGGUGGAUAUUCGUGUUCGUUGUAUCACUGUACUACUGUAUCGUACUCACGUACUACAUCUACGAGAAGUGGGAACGCGAUCCGAUCAUCGUAAGUUUCGAUCAGCAGUCGUCUUCGAUCUAUUCGAUUCCUUUUCCGGCGGUGACCAUUUGCCCGGAAACGAAGGUUAAGGCUUCCGAGCUGAACAUCUCACACACCUUCGAGCUCGUUCGCAAGAACCAGCUGAACGAGUCCAUGGAUGAAGAACGAGUUAGAAAGCUACUACUUUUGCUGCAGUUGUGCGACUACAACAUCUACGACAAACAUGAAACACCAUUCUACUAUGACGAUGUCUUGGUGCGGCUCCGAAAGAUGUCAAUUCCAUCAUUCGAGGUUUUCAACUCAUGCGGUUGGAAAGGUCAAACUGUGCCUUGUUUGAGUAUCUUCAAAACAUCGUUAACCGAGAAAGGUUUUUGCUACACGUUCAACUCCAUAGCGAAUAACGAUCUGCUGCGGAAGGAAGAACUCGAUCCAAGGUACAAUCUAAACUCGGAGACGCAGCCUUCAGAUUGGGAGCUCGACGUUGGUUUCCACGAUAAGGUCGGAAUCGAUGCCUUCCCUCGGCGAAUCGUUUCCGGAGGCUAUCGGAACAGCCUUGGAGCUACUCUCAUUGCAAACAAAAGCGAUUUGGACUACCUGUGUGGCGAUUCCUUCCAAGGGUUCAAAGUAAUGCUGCACAUGCCAAACGAAUUCCCACAGCUAUCACAUCAGUACUUUCGAGUUCCGUUGAACCAGGAACUGAUGGUAACUGUAACUCCAACCGUGAUGGUUACGGACGAACGUGCUGGGCUCUAUUCUCCGGAAAAGCGCAGAUGUUACUACACAAACGAACGCUAUCUGCGCUUAUUCAAAAUCUACAACAAAAUCAACUGCGAAAUCGAAUGCCUAACGAACUACACCCGGCGCCUCUGCGGAUGCGUUCAGUUCUGGAUGCCGCAUCCAAAGGCGGCUCCAAUUUGUACGCUUCACGACAGUCCAUGUUACCAGACAGCCGUUGCCAAACUUCUUAGAAAGACGGCCAAAAAGAAAGCGAAAUCGAACGAAGCACCAUCUUCCGACUCGUGCAACUGUCUACCGACGUGCAACUACGUGGAGUAUCGAACGCAGGUUUCUCAAGCCAGGUGGAACUGGCAAAGUGGAGAAUUCUUCAACUACAUGGAACGCCAACCGAUGGGGGAUAGUGUUCAUCAAUCGAAAAUGGUGAUAUCCUUUCGGGGAGCCGAUUUCAUUCCCCUGCUACGAAGCGAGAUCAACAGUGUGAGCGAGAUGAUUGCCAGCUGCGGUGGGUUGAUGGGACUGUUCAUGGGGGUCAGUCUGGUGAGUUUGGUGGAACUGAUCUACUACUGUACGCUGAGACCGGUUGCUAUGUGGGUGUUGGCCAAUCGCAGGAAGGCCCGGGCAGUGAAACGCGAGAAGCGAUGUCAGUGUGUAAGCGAAACGAACAAUGAGGAGCUAGGUGUUGGUGAAAGUCGAUGA